AUGGCAGUGGAGGCCCUGGGGUGCUCAGAGCAGCUGGGGAUGCUGGACAGCCUGGGCAGCUGCCCGAGCACAGCGCAGGAGGCAUUUCUGGGGACGGCGCAGCUAGCCAGGUACUGUGACAUGAAGAAGCGCUGCCCAUUCCUGGGUCUGGCUCCCACCAGCACCAGCAAGGACACCUAUUGGUCCCACUGCCUGCCAGGCUACUGCUGCCUCAGCUCCCGGAGGCCCAGUCUUCUUCACAAAGUGGUUUCGGUCCCUCCCAGCUCUGACAAGCAAUUUAAUCCCACUGGGCGGCUGCCUGCCAUUGUGCCGGCGUUACGCUUUUCCCUGCACGCCCGCGACAGCACCCGUGACUGGCACCAUGAGAACACGCUGCAGUUAAAGGGCUCUGAAGCCUCCCGGUACCGUGCUGCUAGGCUGAAUGCUGAUGCAAUGAGACUGGUGCAAGAUAAGGAUCAACUGACUUACCAGAUGCAAGAAGACAGUAGAAGAAACCUGAGGGAGAGGAACUCCAACAUUGAUUUCUGGAGAUCUAAGCUCAUCUAUGGGCUAAAGUGUCUGCUGAAAGAGAUAACAUUGGAAACAGAAAAGAACCAGCCUGAACGUGCUGCACGUGAAAUGCAAGGACCACUGGAGGUAACCCUAGAAUGCUUGCACCACCAUGAGAAGUGGAAGGGUAUAGACUUAGUUCAUGACAAUGUGGAAAAGAACCUCAUAAAGGUAAGAUCAGACUUACUACAAUUAGCUGUUCAUUUAGCACAACAGCAUUAAAAGUGGUUCAGAUUAAGGUAAGGCUUUCACCUUCACAGCAUCAACAGAGAUGUACAUCAUGCCCUGGAGCAGGAUCUUUCUGACAAAACCUCAGCCCAUUUUAUUGAUGAGAAGUGCUUUAACCUGAGGAACAUAUUGGACAGAAUCAACUUCUACCAUGGAGUAGAAAAAGCAGAUGGGACUAACAAACCAGAUUUUUCCCCCCUGCAAUCUGUAAGCAAUAAAGGCUUCUUUUUGCAUGAAGAUGCCCUCAAGCUAGCUCUGGGAGAACCAGCCUCGGACCCAAAGGGCUCAAUACUUCAGGAACUCUUCCAGACAGAAAAUACAAUUGUGGUACUGGAGAGAUCCAUAAAGGCAAAGGAGUACCCACUGAAUGUAGCUCAGACACGCCUGGAGGGAAGAACUAAAUGACCCAAUGUAGAACUCUGCUGGGAUGCACCUCAGCUUCAGCUUUUCACUGAAGUUUACACUAUAGAUGACACCUUACAGACCUUAAUGUGACAUCUGCAAGAAGCCCAUGAUACUCUGCAAAUGCUGAUCCUGAACAAAUCAAAGCUGGAACAUGAAAUCUCUGUGAAGACAAACUCCUUCAUUGACAAGAAGUGUAUGGGCAUUGCAGUCUUCCCCAGCACCCCACGGCUCAUUGGCUACACUUGA